AUGAAGAUUGUGGUUUGUUGUGGAGCGUUCUGCAGGGAGCAGGCUUCAGUGUUUUAUCCUGACAUCAAAGCUCUAAAUCAGCUGGGAGGGUCCCCUCAGUCCAAAGACAUCCACUCAGUAACUGUUGGAUCUAAACUGGCGAUAGGUGUGAAUUCUUUUCCAGGUAACAGUAACGCAGACAGUGUGGUCCACUACAAGCUGCAGCAGCCGGCGAUCGCCCGCUUUAUCCGUCUCAUUCCUCUGGACUGGAAUCCAAACGGUCGGAUUGGACUCCGGCUGGAGACCUAUGGAUGUCCUUACAGUGCUUCUCUGAAUGACGGUCAGUGGCAUUCAGUGGAGCUGAAUUCCAGACAAGGUCGUCUAACCAUCACAGUGGAUAAAGAGGAAAGAGACAGCUCUCAAGCCAGCCCAUCGUUUCCUGUCACUGUAGAAAGUCACCUCUUCUUCGGCGGUUGUCCUGUUGAAGAUGGCAGUCAGAAGUGCAGAAACCUGUUUAGUGUCUUCCAGGGCUGCAUGCGUUUGUUUACUGUGGACAAUCAAAACCUGGACCUGAUUAAGGUGCAGGAAAAGCAACUUGGAAACUACAGCAACCUGCAGAUUGACAUUUGUGGAAUCAUUGACAGGUGUUCUCCCAGUCCUUGUGAACACGGCGGUCCCUGCAGUCAGUCCUGGACUGUCUUUCACUGCAACUGCUCUGACAGUGGCUACAGUGGAGCGACCUGCCACAGCUCUGUGUAUGAACAGUCCUGUGAGGCAUACAAACACAAUGGCAACACAUCGGGACAUUUUUAUAUCGACGUGGAUGGCAGCGGACCAAUCAAACCGCAGCUGGUCUACUGCAACAUGACAGAGGAGAACACAAGGAUGGUGAUCCAGCACAACAACACAGAACUGACCAGACUCCGACCAUUUACAGGCGUAAACCAGUAUUCAAUCCACUUUGACUACUCGUCUGAGGAAGAGCAGCUGUUGGCCGUUAUUAAGCAGUCGGAGCACUGUGAACAGGAACUGUCUUAUCACUGCAAAAUGUCCCGUCUCCUCAACACCCCAGAGGGCUCUCCACUCAGCUGGUGGUUCGGCGGACCCGGUACAGGUCGAGUUCAGACUUAUUGGGGUGGAGCUCAACCGGGCAGCCAGCAGUGUGCCUGCGGUCUGCAGGGCGACUGUGUCGAUCUACAACACUACUGCAACUGUGAUGCUGACCGCAUGGAGUGGACUGAAGACUCAGGCCUGCUCACCCAUAAGGAGAGCCUACCUGUCAGGUCUCUGGUGUUGGGUGACAUACAGAGGCCAGGAUCAGAGGCUGUGUACAGGGUGGGACCACUGCAGUGUCACGGCGAUCGGAAUUUUUGGAAUGCUGCGUUUUUCGACAAGGAGACAUCGUACCUCCACUUUCCUACUUUCCACGGAGAGCUGAGCGCAGAUAUCUCCUUCCUGUUUAAAACCAUGGCCUCCUCCGGUGUAUUUCUGGAAAACCUGGGCAUCAAAGACUUCAUCCGGAUUGAACUGAGCUCCUCCACUCAGGUGGUUUUCUCCUUUGAUGUUGGUAACGGCCCGUUGGAGGUUCGUGUCGAGUCGAGCUUCCCACUGAAUGACAACCGGUGGCAUCGAGUCCGAGCCGAGCGGAAUGUCAAGGAAGCGUCGCUUCGACUGGAUGAACUUCCUGUCGCCACACAGGAGGCGCCAGCUGACGGACACUUCCACCUGCAGCUCAACAGCCAGCUGUUCAUAGGAGGGACAGCAUCCAGGCAGAAGGGCUUCCGGGGCUGUAUCCGCUCUCUGCAGCUGAACGGCGUCACUCUGGACCUGGAGGAGAGGGCGAAGAUAACACCAGGCGUUCAACCCGGCUGCCCGGGUCACUGCAGCAGCUACGGCUCGCUCUGCCAGAACCAUGGCCGCUGUGUGGAGAGAGCUAAUGGCUUCCACUGUGACUGUAACCUGUCAGCGUACACCGGAGUCUUCUGCCAAACAGAGGUGUCAGCCAGCUUCAAGUCAGGAACAUCUGUCAGCUACACCUUCAAGGAGCCCUACGAGAUGAGCAGGAACAGCAGCGCUCUGCCAUCCUCCAUCUACUCUGACAUGACGCUCAGAGGAGAAAACGUCUCCCUGAGCUUCAGGACGAACCAGAGCCCAGCUCUGCUGCUCUACGUCAGCUCCUACUACAGAGAAUACCUGGCUGUGCUCAUCAAUAAACAUGAUAAGCUGGAGGUGAGAUACAAGCUGGACAGCAGCAGAGACACGGAAGUGCUGAGGAGCAAAGUGAGGAACCUCGCCAACGGACAGCUGCACACCGUCUCCAUCAGGAGGCUGACAGACUCUGUGUCUGUGCAGAUUGACCAAAAUGCCAGAGAAGACUUCAACCUGACAUCUGACGGGGAAUUUAAUGCAAUCAAGUCGCUGGUGUUGGGCAGAGUGCACGAGUCUGAUGACCUGGAUGCAGACCUAUCCAGGUUGGCUUCCCUCGGUUUUACAGGCUGCCUGUCAGUUGUCCACUUUAACACCAUCAGCCCUCUGAAAGAAGCUCUGCUCCGCCCCAACUCCAGCCCCGUCAUCAUCACUGGACCUUUAGCUCAGUCCAACUGCGGCUCCGCAGCUUCUGCCAAUUCCUAUUCAGCUGAGAACACACACCACUUGUCAGACCAGUCUGGUUCAGUGGGUUCAGGUGUACCCUUAGUCAAUUCCAUCAGGAUUGACUCGGCCCUAAUUGGAGGUGUCAUUGCAGUAGUCAUCUUUGUGAUUGUGACUGCACUGGCGAUAACGGCCAGAUUCCUCUACCGGAGGAAGGAUACAUAUCGUAACAAGGAAGUGAAGAGAGUCAACCAGGAGGACAGCCAAGACUUUCCUUUUAACAACCAGGCUGACUCCCAGAAUCUCUCCACUGAAAACCCAAAGGAGUAUUUCAUUUAACUGGAGGCCCGAUGACCUGAUGCACUUCUGGGCUUUUGGACCCGAAGCUGCAGACAGACGCAUCUUGACACGCCUUGGGACUUUGCAGUGCACUCGAGAGCCACUUAGACACUUCUAUGACAGAAGUGGCUCUGCAGCAUGUGAAAAGCAAAGAAGAACAAUUUUCACAGUGUUGUCUUUCUGUUGCUUAAUGUAAAAUGUGAAUACACUGAUGCAACAGCGUUGGACUUUAAGGGUGUUGAUAUACUUGUUCAAGCAACUGUAAAUAUUCAGCAAUGUGAAACACUGAAUAAUGUCUUUGUAACAAUCUGGCUAAUGUUGAAAUGUUGGAAAUAAUGGAGGUAACAGUAUUUUUAUUGUGCAUGGGCAGGGAGAGUGUGAAGCUGUCUUCUGUUUGGAUUUCACCUGGAGAAAGAUGGGGAUAAACUCCAAACUGCCUGCGAGACAUUUGCCUGCAUUUCAAAUGAUCCAACAAAAGCUAUCCAUGGAUAUUUUAUAUUUACCUUUUUCAUGUUUCCAGCUAUUCUUCCCAGUAACUGGCUGUUUUUAACCCCUUCUCGAGUUUUCAUUAACGUUUGUGAGGUCAGUGGUCUAAAUAUACAGUAUAUGCGAAUUACAUCCGUAGAAAUUAUUCCUCAUCACACAAACACAUUCCAAAGUUAUGAGUUUGAUCACUGUUGACGGAAAAUGUGUAUCCUGACAAUAAGAAAGCAAUGUUACCACAAAGGUUGUUAUUGUCUUAGUGAUUCAGGUGAUGGGCCGUUGUAGGUUUUUUCACUCACUGUUCAGCCAUUAGGCCCAAAGCUUUGUGUUCAAGCUCACCACUCAAAGCAUCAUCUUUGGUGUCAGUAGACAGCUGUAUUCACAAAAAAGGCCCACUGUGGUACCGGUGUUCUGACAAAACGUCCUACUUUGUCAAGACAUCCUACUGUAACGUAAAUUAUAGUCAUGUCUAUCAGUCUGUGCUACCUUAUCAGAAUAUGCUAUCUUACGUGGUUUAUACCUCCAUCGUACAUAGGACGGUAGGACGUUCUGAUGGCCAAAUCACACUGCUGUUAUUUAUUUAGGUAGGACAAGGUUUAAGCUGUACGCCAGUUUACAGAAGUUUAGAAAUACUGAAUCAAGACUUGAAAUAUGACUUUAAUUGAGACUCCAAAUUGGAGUAUUUUUGCACAAAAAAACAAAACGCAUGUUAGCUUGAAAAGUUAACAAAUUGACAACAGCUUAAGGAAAACAAGUAUCCACUGUAAUAAAGAAGUAAAAUAUAUAAUACUAACCUUUUUUCACAUGCAUGAGAUCAGGGUAGGAUCAAAGAAUAGGCGUGUAGUAUUAACACCUAAAAUAUGGCCGUUUUGAGUUGUGCGCAUGCGCAGUAACAACAAGUAGGACAGCUUGAUAGGUAGGGUGUUUUGCCAGGACACCAGCUCAAACAUCAGGCUCCGUGUGUAAUGUAAUGGAGCAUUGAGCAGCAAAAGAGCCAAAUAUCUUUUUAUGAGACCAAACCAGAACUAAAAAGAUUUCCCAACUUGUUACACCGUCAGUACAGGAUGUGUACUACAGACGUGCCUGGUCACCAAUUUGCAAUUAUCAUUUAAGCAAGAGAUAAAAAUUGACUAGUUUGCUAGUCUAAAGAUUCCUUUAAUUACAUUGUGACACUGACUAUUUGCUAUGUUAUACAUGGCAGUGUGUCUGAGUAGUUUGCUGAGUUUUUCCAACUGUACGAUCAGUAGCUUUGAUUUUUUUCCACUCCAGUAUCCACAUCUUGGUACAGAAUAUGGUUCUAAUUAAUUCUGAGAAAUAUGAAGGUCCAAAACACAGCCACUCUUUUUAUUUUAUUAUAUUUUUUAAAUCUUUUGUUCAGCAAAACAGUCAUGGUUUGUAUGGCUGUCAUCUAUUGGCUGUCUCGUUUGUUUAUUUACAAGGCCGUUCACCGAAAGAGAGAGACAGAUAGGGGAGCAGCCGUGUGUCAGGGCUGCAGUCCUGGGAUGUGGUUGGUUAUAUAACCAGAGCUGGAAUGACGAACUGUCAAUACAGUAGCUAAAGUACAGUAGUACAUUUUUCUCUGGGAAAGGCUGUGCACAAUGGUAUCCAAAAUGUGGUUGUUUUUUUUUUCAAGUCUUAAUAUUAUGAUCCUAAAAAUACAUUCUCUAAUUGAUAUGUAAGUUCAUAUCAUGUGAACAGUUAUCAAAGUCAGAUGAUUUUUUUUAUAUAAUUUCAGUCUGACACUUUAAUUCAGAAAUUUUAAAACGGAUGUGCUGAGUCAGCUAACCUUCUACGACGGGAUGGAAAUCAGUUCUUUUGUUCAGUGUAGCUCAAGAAAUUCCUCAUGAAAAAAAGAAAAAUCAUUAAUAGAAGCCUUACUAACUUCACUGGAUACUUCAUGAUACUAUGACUUCAUCCCUGUAAAUUUUCUGGAUUGAUUUAUACAAACCUUUAUAUAUGUUUGUAUCUGUUAUAGUAAAGGUGUGACAGAUGUAA